UCAGGUUUGCAGAACCUAUUGCUUUAUUGUGCAGACACGCUUCUCUAGGCAAGUGGUUAUGUCUUGUGCUGGGUAAAUUAUGAAAAUUACAGAAUUAGAGAAAAACAACCAAUCAAUUCUACAGGCUGGCUACCCAACACAAUACACUGGAGUGAUGGCUGAUGACAAGCAUCAUUAACGAAUAAGAGAAAGUGUUUCCUGCCAUAUGGACACUGCCAAUCAAAUGCAAAUGCAUGCCGAGGAACCCAUAGAAUAUCCAGGAGAGAAUCAAUUACCUCCAGAAACUGUCCCACUCCAGGCAUUACAGUUUAUCAAAACUGAGCUGCUUAAAACACAGAAAUCCAUUAAAGAUCUUCAGUGUGAAAGAAGGUUAUUAAGAAAACAGCUAAGUCACUGGGCUGGAGCAGUUCAAGUCUUACAGGAGAGCCAUGAAGACAGUCACAGCAGACUAAAGGCCGAGAUCCGAGCACUAAACGAUAACAGUGAGUGCAUGAGGACAGAAUUGCAGCAAUUGAGGCAAAAUGUGCAGAGCAAUGAGAGCAACGCCUCCGAUUUACCUACUGCUUACAAGCAGAGCACGUGGAAUAAUAAUUCACUUCAGAUCAAGACUAAAGCAGUCUUAUCACCUUCAAAAGCAAAGGGAUCACCUCAAUGCUCAAAAUUAAGACGAAGACUUAAUGUCAAAACUUUGCCAAUUUCGUAUUCAAAUAGCUGGGGAGUCAGUGAUUUAACACAGGGUGAAACUCCUGGGCAAAAGAACAGAAAGGACUGGCAUACUGUGCAAUACCCAUUCCAGACUGAAGAGGACCAUCUCAAGGCUCAAAACAGAGACACACUAAUGCACAUGAGACACUUAUGCAAAUCAAUAAAGGCUGCUAAAAACUUCAGAGAUGGCAAAAUAACAGAAGGUGGGCAGUGUUUGAGCUCCGACCAGACAGCACCAUUAAAAUCCACACAGGAAAGUCAAUUGGAUGCCUGUUCCUCAUUAAUGCAUCCUCACCAAGAAGUCUCAACCAUGAAGAAUGAAGAAGUUGAACUUCAUGAAUUGGUAGUGAAAUUGAAGGAUGCAUUGUCUUUUCAAAUACAACCAGGUCAUCUCCCUGGAAUAAAGCAAGAGUUCCUCUUUUCAGUGGAGCAGGUUUGCAGGUCCUACUCUGACCUCAUAAACCAAAUCAUUGAACCAACAUUAAAAUGAUUCACAUUAAUGAAGAGCUGUGCUGAAUAUUGUUCCACUGUGUUCUUAUCAAACCUUUUGAUAUAUUUAAAAUGUUCUAAGAGCAGUCAUUGGAAAUUUACUUCUAGUGUUUUCAACUUUAGUUUUUCUGUCAGUGGAAAAGAAUACUCAGGAUUCAUGAAUUCAGAUAUGAUAAGCCUCCUUAAUUCCGAAAUGUAAUGAAGAUGGUUCCCAAGAUCAAGCCUAAAGUGAAAUAUAUACUUUUCCUUAGUUACUUAUUUGCAUCAAAUCUUCU